AUGAUAAAGAUCAAGGAGGCAAAUCCUCUUAGCAGUCACAUUCCAUACAGAUCAGCAGUAGGUAGCUUACUUUAUUUAGCGAUGGGAACCCGACCUGACAUUGCUUAUGCAGUAACUUUAGUAUCUCGUAAAUUGGACAAUCCCACAGAAACUGAUUGGGAAAUUGUGCAGACUACAUUCCGGUACCUUCGUACUACCGCUGCACAUGGCAUCGUAUAUAGCAAUACAGAUGAUAGAAGCAUUUUGUUAUUUAGUGAUGUAGAUAACAACAGUUGUGCUGAAACUCGAAGAUCUCGCACAGGUGUGAUAUCUUUCUACGGUGGAGGUGCAAUUACUUGGAGAA